GUUACCAAAUUACCCCUUCCUCUCCGACUUGUUCCUCAAGAAGAACAAAUUAAAACUUCACUAAAAUCGAAAACCAAAAAGAAAACAGAUCAAGAAAAGAAUGGAGUGUGUUUUUGGAUUAGUCGGCACCGAUUUCGCCAUAGUAGCCUCCGAUACAUCGGCCGUUCACAGCAUCCUCGUCCACAAAUCUAAUGAAGACAAAAUAAUGAUCCUCGACUCUCACAAACUCAUCGCCGCCAGCGGCGAACCCGGCGACAGAGUUCAAUUUACGGAGUAUAUACAGAAGAAUGUGUCGCUGUAUCAGUUUCGCAACGGAAUCCCGUUGACGACUGCUGCUGCUGCUAAUUUUACUCGCGGUGAGCUCGCUACUGCUUUGAGAAAGAACCCAUACUCUGUUAACAUUCUUCUGGCUGGAUAUGACAAAGAGACCGGUCCUUCUCUUUACUACAUCGACUAUAUUGCUACACUUCACAAGGUUGACAGGGGAGCAUUUGGAUACGGGUCAUAUUUUUCUCUCUCCAUGAUGGACAGACACUACCGUAGCGACAUGACUAUGGAAGAAGCAAUUGGAUUGGUAGAUAAGUGCAUAAUGGAGAUCCGAUCCAGAUUGGUCGUGGCUCCCCCAAAUUUUGUGAUCAAGAUUGUCGACAAAGAUGGAGCAAGGGAGUACGCAUGGCGUGAAUCUGUCAAGGAUGUGGCAUCAGCUUAAACUUUUCUGCAUUUGGGAUUGAUUUCUAUAUUUAAUGUCAAAUUUGAAUGUUGAAUAGGUAAUCUUAUAUUUGAAUAUCCAGAACUGGUUUCUUGUACUGGCCAUGUGCUUCUUCUGGUCUUUUACAUUUAAUUGCAUGUCCCCUUGAGAAGAA